AUGUCGCAAAACGAACCCAACCCUUUGGUCAUCUUCUCCACCCUUGCCGCCAUCAUUUUGGCCGCCGUGGCCGUGUACGUUGUUAAACUCAACAAGAAAAAUGGUCCUGUUUUGAAACCUGAUGUGUUUCAAAAAUUCCCAUUGAUCGAGAAGACUAGACUCUCCCACAACACUUGUAUUUACCGUUUUGGUUUGCCCAAGUCCACCGAUCGUCUUGGCUUGCCCAUUGGCCAGCACAUCUCCAUUGGGGCCACCAUCAAUGGAAAGGAAGUGGUGAGAUCGUACACUCCUAUUUCUAGAGAUGACGAGUUGGGUUACUUUGAUUUGCUCAUCAAGACGUACGAGCAAGGUAACAUUUCGCGUCAUGUGGACAGUAAGUCUGUUGGAGACCACAUUGAAGUCAGAGGACCAAAAGGUUUCUUCACUUACACCCCUAACAUGGUUGAACACUUGGGCAUGAUUGCCGGAGGUACUGGUAUCGCUCCAAUGUACCAGGUUUUAACUGCUAUUUUGACCAACCCGGAUGAUAAGACUAAGAUCUCUUUGGUGUAUGCUAAUGUUACUGAAGAGGAUAUUUUGUUGAGAGCCGAAUUGGACUUGUUUGCCAAGGAACACCCCGACAGAUUCAAGGUGCACUACGUUUUGAACAACGCUCCCGAGAACUGGAACGGCAGUGUCGGAUUUGUUACACCGGAAAUAAUGGAGAAGCAUUUACCCAACAAGGACCAAGAUGGUUACUUAUUAUUAUGUGGUCCCCCACCCAUGAUCAGCGCCAUGAAAAAGAACGCCGUCACUCUUGGGUACCCCAAGGCCAGACCAGUGUCCAAGUUGGGCGACAAGGUUUUUGUUUUCUAG